GCCCGCCGCCGCGCCGGCAUUGAGGACCAGCGCUCAGAGCCUCGAACGUGCGCUAAGCUGCCUUCGGGGCUCCUGGGAUGUGUGGCCGCCGGCUCCGUGCCAGCUGCAGGUAUAUAUGUAACCAGUUUGUGGACUUCAUUGCCUCUGUACUUGUCUUUUAAGGAUUCUACAACAAAGUGGAAAGACAUCUGUGGAGAGUAAGAAUACUAUGGAGCUCAUCAGAGUAUAUCACUGAAGAAUAUGAUGACUGAAAACAAUUUAAAAAUGCUAAAGAAUGAACAGCGUGUAGUAGCCAACAAGCUACCUAGAAACAGGCCAUAUAUUUGCAAUAUUUGCUUCAAGCACUUUGAAACACCAUCAAAAUUAGCUAGGCAUUAUCUCAUUCAUACUGGUCAGAAACCAUUUGAAUGUGAUGUGUGUCAUAAAACUUUUAGGCAACUAGUUCACCUGGAGAGACAUCAACUAACUCAUAAUCUGCCUUUCAAAUGUAGUAUUUGUCAACGCCACUUUAAAAAUCUGAAGACAUUUGUGAAGCACCAACACCUUCACAAUGAAACCUACCAGAAUGAUGUUAAACAGGUGAGAAGAUUGUUGGAGGCCAAGCAAGAAAAGCCAGUGUAUGGAAUGUAUCCUACUUUUACCUCAGAGGAGCGAUGGGCCUUACACCCCUCUACUAAGUCUGAUCCUACCUACAGCCCUGCAAAGAAGAGAAAGAAUAUUCACGCAUGUACAGUCUGCGGCAAGAUGUUCCCAUCGCAAUCAAAACUCGAUAGGCAUGCACUUAUUCAUACUGGUCAGAGGCCUUUUAAAUGUGUCCUGUGCAGUAAAUCUUUCCGACAGUCGACUCAUUUAAAAAUCCACCAACUCACACAUUCAGAAGAAAGACCUUUUCAAUGCUGUUUCUGUCAAAAAGGAUUUAAGAUUCAAAGUAAACUUCUGAAGCAUAAACAAAUCCAUACCAGGAAUAAGACUUUUCAGACUCUUUCAUUAAAAAAGAAGAAUCCAGAGUCAUGCCCCCUACCUAAUAAAUUAAAUCCAAAGCAGGAUAGUUUUGAAAAUGGUGAUAUGGGUGAAUCCGAGGAGAAUAAUCAACUUGAUGUCCAUUCUAUUUAUAUUGUUCCUUUUCAGUGUCCAGAGUGUGAAGAAUGUUUUGAAUCAGAGAAGAUUCUUAAUGGACACAAGUGUUUUCCUGCCAGAAGUGGCAAAAUUCCAAGCAGUUUCAAAAGAAGCCUCAACUAUAAAACUAUUGUUAAAAAAAUCUUGGCCAAGCUUAAACAUGUCGGGAGUAAGAAAUUAGAUAAUUUUAGAUCUGAGAAAAAAUCAUUUAAAAAUGGUUUCUUGAAAAAUUGUGAUCUUAUUUCUGGUGAGCAGAGCCCCGAACACACCCAGAGAACAUGUAUAGGUUCUCUUGGCAAACAUGGAACAUAUAAGACAGUUGGCAAUAAAAGGAAGAAGACAUUGAUGUUGCCAUCUUCUUGGCAAAAGCACUUCCAGAGCCAAAAUAUGGGGAAAAACUUGAAAGGUAUCCUUACAACAGAAAACAUGUUAAUUAUGGAAAAUUCAGUGAAUAAUAAAGACAUAUCUAUCAAUGGUUCAUCAGGUGAGGAAUUUUUUGAUAACUGUAAAGUGCUUCAAUGUGGUUUUUCAGUUCCAAGUGAAAACAUGCAUACUGGACAUAAGAUGUGUCCUUGUGACAAAUGUGAGAAAGUAUUUCCUUCUAUAUCCAAACUACAAAGACACUAUUUAAUUCAUACUGGACAGAGGCCUUUUGGUUGUAAUGUUUGUGGGAAAUCUUUUAGACAGUCAGCUCACUUAAAAAGACAUAAAUUAACUCAUAUUGAAAAGAUUCCUUAUAGACGAUCUCUUUGCCAAGUAGAAUUUGACAAUUUGAGCAAACUUUUUACUCUUCCGGGUGAUAAUGUUAACUAUAAUGCUUCCCAACAAUGCCAGACUCCUAGUUUUCAAAAAUGUGAGGUCUUGGAGUCAGAUCAAAUAUCAGAAAUAAAAGUUAAGGCAGAAUCAGAGGAUUUCAUUCUUGAUGCCCACUAUAGGAGCAGGCAGCCCUAUCUCUCUAAUUCCCUUCUGGAAUCAGAGCAGAGCCAUCCUAGUCAUUGUAGUUACUCAGGACAUCCUGGGAGGAAUGAUGGCCUUCUUUACCAAUGCAGUGUUUGUUCUAAAAGUUUUAGAUCUCCAUCUAAACUGGAGAGACACUAUCUAAUUCAUGCAGGACAGAAGCCAUUCGAAUGCUCAGUUUGUGGCAAAACAUUCAGACAGGCCCCUCACUGGAAGAGACAUCAACUUACUCAUUUUAAGGAACAACCACAAGAAAAACUAGUCUUAAAUUCGGUUAUGUAACUGACAGAGCCACUAACUUAUGGUCUCUUUGGUGAUCUUGUUCUUUAAGCCUGUAUAAUUGAAAAUAUAUUUUCAUCAGAAGGCCUGCAUUAGGUUGAAUGAUUUUAUAGGCAGUUGCCUGUCCUGCACAGUAAGGUAAGAUACAUAGAAAACUAAAACAAUGUUUUAGGAACAGCCAUAUUUUUAGAGGGAAGAACAUGAUUUGAUGGUAUAAAGUAAGCAUCUGUUUUAUUGUAAUACAUACUUUGGCUUUAUUGGAAGUGUAAAUCUAUGAUGCAGUACAAACAAUUCAGCCCCAUUUGUUUUUUAAAGGAAUUAUUCCUUGAGACAUGUCAUCUCUUUUUAGAAAUAGGCAAAAAUUGGUUUUUGGCUACAGCAAAUAGCUCCAUGAUACUUCAUUUAUUUUACAUUUCACAUGAGAGCACAAUUUUGUUCACCUGUGGCUCAAAUUCCAUUGCAAAUUUUUUGUUGUUGUAAGUUUAAAAAAUAAAAAGGCAAUAAAAGUGAAAAUGGAUGAGAAAAUAGCAUUAUUUUCCCUGGUCUUUUCCAAGCUAUUUAGUCUUAGGAUUCUGUGGUAGCUUCACCUCCUUUUUCACAGGUGAUUAUAAUCACUUUGCCCAAUCUGCUGUUGUCUUUCACAAAAUAAAAGUAGCAGAGAGAUUAGGAUGCACCUCCACACAUUUACAUGUUUAUCAGGGACAUUGUCCAAGUGCCACAAUCUUUUUGCUAACAUGUAUGCAAUGUUAUCUUUUCAGAGGAAUAAAUGUAAUUCGUCUAUUUGCUUAUUCAUGAAUGACAGCAGUAGUUAAUUUUUACAUUUCAGUAAAACUUUCUUUUAAUACCUCAUUGAGUGAUCCUAUGACUUAACUAAGUCUAUUCUGUUAAGUUUGAUAAAAAAAAAAAAUCAAUGAUUUGGUCUAGUUAUGGUUUUUAUUCACAAGAUUCUAAUGCAAAAGAAUGUUAUUUUGAUCCUUAAUAAAUUGUUACUUUAAUUAUUAAGGUAAUUAUUCCUGUAUAAGAAUAAGAUGCUUAUAGAAUUGAGGGUAUCAUUCUUCUAAACAGUACUGUUAUGAUUUGGGAAAUAUUUCAUCUUAAACUAUAAAAGACUUACAAUCACAAAUUGCCCCUCAUACUUGUCAUUUUUUAAUAAAAUCUUUAAGAAUAGCAUUUCCUAGCAAUUAAAAAAUAAUAACCAUAAUCUUUCUAAGGUGAAAAGAACAGGUGGGUAUUUAUUCUAGCACACUUAAAUACAGUGACAAGCCCUCUGUUGAGAACGAAUAAAUGAACAAUUGUAAGUUUUGAAUUUACUCUGUGAACUGUCUGUGUGUGAAAAGGGAGGGGUUGGACUGUUUACAGGUUUUACAAGUGAAUUUUGAGAAACUCGGGUUUAAUUUAAAAACACAAAACAGUACAGAUA